GCUGAAUGCUUAUAUGUGUGUUAGUGUUUUAGUGUGUGCUGUUACAUGCAUCCAUUAAAAUGCCAGUUAUAAGAAUAUGAAUUCAGCCUGCUUUGAUGGAUAAGAAGCUUCUUCGUUUGCUCACAGUUCCGUGUUGUGCCAGUGAUUUGCAUCCUUUUAGCGAGCUGCUUUCUAAUUCAGUUUCAAAGAUUAAAACCACAACGUGGAUGAAUGAAGAGCAUGGAGCUGUUUCUUAUUCUUGUGCUGGUAGCAGGGGGAACUCAUGCUCUCUCUCCAGUUGAUGAGACUACAUGUAGUCUCACCAAGAACACAUGGCCGUGCUCAGCUCUUCUUGAAGGAACUGUGUAUAUCCAGGUUAUGGCUAACGCUAGUGGCCAUGAAAUGAAGUGUUUGAAGGUGCUUCCCAGUGGGACCAUAACUGUGUUCAAUCUGAAGAAAGGAAGGAUAACAACAGACGAGAAAUUUAGCAACAGACUCCUGUUUAUAAUCAACAACGGGACACUCAAGAUCACAAAUGUGAGGAGGAAUGAUUCAGGUCAAUACAGAGCUGAAGUCUUUAAUUCAGAGGGAGUCCGAGAGAAAAACAUUCAUUUCACCCUGGAUGUUAAAGACAACAACAGAGUUGAAGGUGUGGAAACUUACUGUGAUGGCAGACAGGAUGGAUCUCAGUGUUAUGGAGCUUUGGGAGGAACUGUGGACAUCCAGCUGAUGGACAGCAGCUCAGAAAUAUUUAGAUACCAAUUGAUGAAAGACUCAUUUAAAAUAUUAAAUGUUAGAAAUAAUAAAGUUCUUCUUCAUGUCACAGAACGUAGAUUUCCCUUUUUUCCCAGUAAUGGAACAUUUAGGAUCAAUAACCUGAGCAGGACAGAUGCUGGUAAUUAUACUCUUCAAACCUUUGAUUCAGAGGGAAAAUCAUCAGGCGAGCGGACUUUAAAGUUGUUCAUUCAAGCUCCUGUGUCCUCUGUCCUGCUGGUCUCUGAGUGUCUGUCCCAGGGAGAGAUGAGGGUGUCCUGCUCCUCUGAGGGAGGGGACAGUCCUCAGUACAGCUGGACUCUGGAUGGACGCACACUGACAGAUGCUGAGCUCCUUUCUGGAAACAAUGAGGGUAACAACAUCACUCUGAACCAGCACGUCUCAGGACAUCUGGUCUGCUCAGUCAGGAACAACGUCAGUAAUGUCUCCAAAGGACAGAACAUAUCUACCUGUGCAGGAAUUUUGCCACUGAUUGGUGGAGUUCUUUUAGCACUGAUAAUUUUAUUAGUUAUGGGUCUAGCAGUUAUCUGUGCUCAGAGGAAAAAACAAAGCUACAAAACUACAAAACCAAAAGGUCAGAAUCAGAGAGACCAUUUGGCAGUCUACAGAAGAAAUGACAGUCAAUAUGAGGAAGAAGACGAGCAUGUUGAGCAUAUAGUGGGGUUGGAGGUGGAAUCAGAGGAGGAGGUAGAGCCAGAGUUGGAGGUGGAAACAGAGGUGGAGGUGAAACCUGAGGUGGUGUAUAGCCAAGUCUUCAAGUUUUUGAAGCGACCUCAGCAAACUGAUCCAAGAGGAAUUGAAUGUUUAUAUGCCAAGGUCCAUAAAAUCAGGUGAUUUAGGUAAUCAGUGCUUUUACACUGCUUAAUACUUCUUACACUGUAAAC